UGUGUUUUACAUUUGCUUUUCAUUUUGUUUGUGUUUUCUUUCAUCCGUAUUUUCUUUUGAUUUUUAAUAUCGUGAAUGUUUUUGUGAUAUAUAAUUAUGGCCAAUCAAGAGAUAAGUUUAAAGUGGAAUGGAUAUCAAAAUAAUAUAUUGACAAACGUGAAAGAACUGUAUAAGGACGAAGGGUUGUCUGAUGUGACUUUAAUAUCAGAAGGACUUAAUUUUAAGGCUCAUAAAGUCAUUUUAUCAGCUAACAGCGCUGUAUUCAGGUCAAUUUUCCAGCAAAACCCCCACAAAGAUCCAAUUAUAGUGUUGCACGACAUAAAUCCAGCUUCUUUGAAAACUCUAUUGACGUUUAUGUAUAAUGGAGAAGUUAAUGUUACUGAAGAAUUUCUACCCGUGUUGUUGAAAACUGCAGAAACACUCAGGAUCUGUGGUCUUUCAACGGGCAGUGAGACCGGACGCGAAGAUGAGAAGACCACACCUGCAGCACAGCCAAAGAAACGUAAAAAAAGUGAGCAGGAGGAUAACAAUAAUAAAAUUAAGAAAGCGGCAACUCUAAAACCUGAUGCAGUUAUCAACCUUAGUACUAAUGCAGAUGCUAACAAAAAUACGAGUGUUAUCCCAAAAGUCGAACCCAUAGAUUCUCCACUAACAGACUACUCAGGUGAGAACACAAAUGAUACAGACAUAGCAUUACUAGAAGACAGCGCUGAGAAAAAGUACUCGGUAAGCCCAGAACCAAAUAUAGGCAAGGCCCAGUGUAAUAAUACAAAUGAUCGUAACAUCAAAAAAUGGAUCAAUGAAGUCAGCAGUACACAGCCUUGCCUUAACAUUGGAAAUGAGAAAGUGAAUGGAUUAGAUUCGGGUGAUGAUGAUAAAGAUGCCAUAGAGAUUGAUAAGGAAGUUGAUGCGGUAUUGCAAAGUGGAACUAUAGUUGAGUCUUUGAGUAUCACAACGGAAAAUCUCAAUUCUAUAUCGACUGAAGCACAAAUAUGUAAAGAUAAAAGCAAUACAUGCUAUGCAAACCCAUCAUUCCCUUGUCCAUUUUGCCAACGUGUCUACAACAGCUGGGGUUACCGGCGGAGGCACGUGAAAUCUAGGCAUUUGACUAACAGGCUGUCGUGCAAAUGGUGCGUGUCAGUGCUGCCAUCUACCGGCGCUUGGUACGCUCACGCGACCCGCGCCCAUGGGGUUCCUCACGAGGAAGCGAGGAACUCCCUUGUGGUCAUGGUGGAAGCUCACGCGGUCCUGACUUUGAAUGAGCCCAGCGUCGCCUCCUUACUUGGUCAGGUCGGCAUGGGGGAUGGAGUCACUGAGAAGAGCGAUUAGACUCUUUCAAAUCUGUCAAACAACUAUCCAUAAAUAGGUUGAACAGCCACGGUGACGCAACACAUCCCUGCCUAACACCUUUCUCAAACCGCCGAGCUUGCAUGAAGAGAGUUAUGAAUGUGGAUGAAGCAAAGGAAGUAUGCAGGGAUCGUGGCAAGUGGAAAGAGGUAGUCUCUGCCUACCCCUCCGGGAAAGAGGCGUGAGUUUAUGUAUGUAUGUAUGUAAAUUGUAUUAUUUGCGACUACAUUAAAAAUGAUUGUAGUUGUGUUGUAGGAGCAAUAUACUAAAAAUCCAGUACAAAACUAGUUGAUUUAAUAGCUGGAUAAAAAUAUACCAGUGGCCUCAAUUCAAAUAAUGUAAGUGCUCGUGAUAAAUUACUUUUUUCAUUAUACACAUUUCUUUGAAAAUAGCCGUGGUAUGUCAAAGAAACUCUUUGACAUACUAUGGAUUGACUGUACACGUAACUUUGGUUAUCAUGACAUUUUUUAUAAUUUUAGAUUUUUUUUUAUUAAAUCGAUAUUUUUUUUUGGAUCUACUUAUAUGAUUGUGUAUUUAUACUUAUUGUGUAGAAAAGGUAAAUAAUGAUCUCAAAAUAAUUGAUGAGACGAUAAAAAAUAGAAGUCGUCUAAAUAUUACUCUUCUGUAAUUGUAUCUUUACCACAAAUAGUUUAAACACUAACUAAGUUUGUUUCAUAUUAGCACAUUAUAUUUCUUCCACUGCUUGCUCUUUAAUCACUAAUAUUACUUUGAUGUCGUAGAAGUUAAAAUUGAUUGUUAAAUAGGUCAAAAAUAAUCGUCAUCUAUCAGUUAUUACUUAAGCCCGCUAUUGCAUCGCAAUGCGUUAUCAACACGGUUAUUGGUUUGAAUGCUCUCAUACAAAUUCAAACAUUACAACUCGUGACGCACGCGAAUUCAAUUCAGCACGUUUGUAACAAUUUGUUUUUUAUGUAUGCAAGCCUUUAUUGCUUGUACGGUUACAGUACUACCACUGUUAUAAGUGGCCUCGGCAAUGUUCACGGUGCAGAAUAGCGCAUCCUACCGCGGAAUCAAACCGAGGAAAAUCUCAACAAAAUAAAGACCUUAUAUACAUACAUAUAGGCCCGUCUAUCCCUUGCGGGGAGACAGAACCAAUAGUCUCGAAAAUACUGAAAGGCCACGCCAUUUGUCAGGCCAUUGAGCAGAAUGCGGCUUUAUGAUGGAAUUGAGAUUCAAAAAGUGACAGGCUAGCCCAUCGCCAAUAAGGGGAAAGCCUACCCCUUGGUUGCCUUUUAAGACAUCCAUGGGUCAUGUAAAAGAUAUGGAGUGGUUCUAUUCUAAAGUGCUGGAAAACACACGGUACAAGUAAUUUAAAAUCCUAAAAUCCCCUGCUAUUUCGCUCGUAAUAGCGGACAAGUUCAGUUCGUAAGCAAAUGACACGCUCUGAUUGGCUCAAUCGUUUAAAUAUUUUACGCCAUACAAAAAUUAGACUUAUACGUGUAAAUUAUAAAAGUGGUAAUGUACAUACGUACAUAUAACCGUUUGGUUAUUGAAGUAAGUUUGCCUAAAACUUGCAUUUUGGAAAACUGUUAGUGUUCUUUUAGUAUUUCGUUUUGUUAAUUGGACUUCUUAUAAGAGAAUAGAUGCCAUAAUUUUUAUUAUUCGUCACAUUUUCAAGCACCGACUGAUUAUAGAACUUAAGAUUCGUGUAGCGAAACUAUUAUUUUUUAUUUUAUUCUUUUAGCAUUAACGCAUCUUCAAUAAGAAUAGUUUUUAAGUCAAUUAGACUAGAACUAAGAGAUAUUUGGCAAUAAUGAUAAGAUGUGAUUGAUAGUGCUAAAUGAUAUUAAAAAUAAAUAGUAGUGUAUGAUAUGAUGAAAUUCUAAAAUAUGAUAUACGAAAUUGAGAUAUGAUACGAAAAAUUCAGUAUAUUUUUGAAACUUUAUUACUAAUAUAUUUGUAUUUUGGAGUAAUAAUAUUAUGACAUAAUAAGGCAGUUGCUAUUUUGUGAUUAAAAGUAUAAAUCAGAGUUAAAUCAUUAUGUGUAACAAAAUUUACAUUGUAUUGAAUAGUGAAGCCUGACCAGACAGUACAGAUACAGAAAGAUAUAGAUAAGAUACGAUAAAGUGUGUUCCAUUUAUUACGUAAGACAAUUUGAGAACCCUUCCUUUUGCGUCCUUCCGAAUAAGAUUAAACCUCCGUCGGUUUAAUUCUUCGGUGGGGCGUGUAAGGGGGGAGUGGUUUGUGGGAAAUUUUCUAAAUUGUCUUAGGUUUUAGACGGAAUGGUUUCGGGGGUUUGUUCUUUAUAGUUAAGUUAAACAGUAUAACAAUAUAAUACAUCUGUAAAUUCCAUAAUGUAUUGCGCAGGCGGCUCUGUGCAAGAGUGAAAUGAGUGUUAAUAUAAAACCAGUUGUUAAUAAAAAAACAACUGGCUAAAGAACGCGCAUUACUACAAUCUCAUCGUAAUCGUGUAAAUGUACCGUACAGUCGGGAUAAUAAUUACUUGACUCUGUUCAUAUUAUUAUAAUAUAUUUCAAAUAAACCUGACCCUGGUUGGUUAAACCAGGGUCAGGUUCAUUUGAAAUUGACUGUACAACGGUCUAGUCAGGCUCAUCUAUUUAAAAUAACAGAUAAAGGAAAAGCUCUUAUGAGAAACAUAUCAAACUGUACAAAUAAUUGUGAGCUUCGAAAUAAUACAAUUACAGGUAUAAAACAUGGCAUUGUAUAUCUUUAGGUAAUGUUAAGGUGUUACUGUUUUUGGUGGGUUUCAAUACUAUACACUUCUAUGAAAAACUUAAAUUAUGUAUGGCAAAAUGUUAUAUGCAACGAUUUUAUAAUGAAAUCAUCAUUUUGAAACAAAAUUUCAUAUUUGCCAUAUAAGAAAGACAGAGAUGGUUAUACAAAUGUCAGCUGCUUAUAUAAUUUGUUAACUAGUAAGCAACAGUGUCUUAAUUUUAGAGUUAAUCGCCCACCUUUGUAUGGCUUUAAAUCACACAAUUCCACAGAUUUGACAUUUAACAUAAGAACACUCUUUAGGACUUAAGUAAUUAUAAUAAGUUACCAAAGCAAUUUUAAGUAACGUAUGUUUAAGCCUAAUAAAAUUUAUAUAUUUUUGUAUGAAGUGAUGAAACUUAAGAUAUUAUAUUUUUUAAGAAAACGGUGUGUAGUUCUUAGAAGUUUGGCGAGGAAGCUAAUAUUAAGGUUCAAAUUUGUAUCCAAUAUACUUAACUCUAUUACACAACUACUUAUAUCAGUAACAAUCUUAUGAAGUAACAUAACGCAUGGCUUUAAAAAGAUAAUUGUCAAAAUUAAUAAAUUAAUAUGCUGCCAUAAUAAUUUAUGUAUAUGGACUUCCAAACGCAAUGGAGAUUAA